CCAAGUUUUAAAGGGCAGAGUUGUGAAAACUCCCGAGCAGUGGGGAGUUAAAUUCUAGCAGAUUACGAAGACGGGAUUCAAACAAAAAUCCUUUCAGAAACGAAUGCGCCGGGAUAUUUCCAGACAUUUGACUUAGGCAACUUUAUUUUUGUAUCUGUUUUCGGAACCGAUACUCUUAUUCGGAGGCUGUACGUGGAGCUAUCCGCUGUGAAUUUAUAUGAUCCUGAGCCGAAGCCGGUGCCUGGAAGGCUACAACAGCAGCAACAAGCACUUAGUGAGGUUUUUUUUUCCCCCACUUCUUCUUUUCCAUCACUGAUCACUGCUGUCUUGGAGGUUUUUUCACCCCUCAAACUGUAACUCUGUGACAAAAAAAUCACCUGCACCACCUGAAGCAGCUAUGCAGCUUGAAAUUCAAGUAGCACUCAACUUUAUUAUUUCCUAUUUAUACAACAAACUCCCUCGGCGGCGUGUGAACAUCUUCGGUGAGGAGCUCGAGAGGCAGCUGAAGAAGAAAUAUGAAGGCCACUGGUAUCCGGAUAAGCCAUACAAAGGUUCAGGGUUCAGGUGCAUUCACGUUGGGGAGAAGGUGGACCCUGUAGUGGAACAGGCAGCCAAAGAGAGCGGGCUGGACAUUGAAGAUGUCCGGAAUAAUCUCCCUCAGGACCUUAGCGUGUGGAUCGACCCGUAUGAGGUCUCUUACCAGAUUGGGGAGAAGGGACCGGUCAAGGUGCUAUAUGUGGAUGAUAACAGUGAGAAUGGCUCAGAGCUGGACAAAGAGAUCAAGAACAGUUUUAACCCUGAGGCGCAGGUCUUCAUGCCAAUUAGUGACCCCGUUGGUGUUUCCUCAGAGUCAAACUCCCCAUCGCCACCUUUCGGGCAGUCUGCUGCCGUGAGCCCCUCUUUCAUGCCGCGCUCCACCCAGCCCUUAACGUUCACUACUGCCACCUUUGCCGCUACAAAAUUUGGCUCCACAAAGAUGAAGAGCAGCGGCCGCAGCAGCAACAACAACAAUGCCGGCGGUGGCAGCAGCAACAACAGCAAGGUGGCCCGCACCUCUCCUACCAGUACCCUGGGCCUGAAUGUCAACACCCUCCUAAAGCAAAAAGCCAUCUCCACCUCCAUGCACUCGCUGUACGGGCUGGGCCUGGGUCAGCAGCAGAAGCCCUCUGCUCUCUCCCCAAACGCCAAGGAGUUUGUGUUCCCGAAUCUGCAGGGCCAGGCCAGCCCUGGAGCCAUGUUCCCCGGGGAGGGCUCCCUCGGGCUCAGCCCACUGCAGUACAACAAUGCCUUCGACAUGUUCUCUGCCUACGGAAGCCUCAACGACAAGUCGCUCAUGGAUGGCCUCAACUUCAGCCUGAGUAACAUGCAGUAUUCGAACCAGCAAUUCCAGCCCGUCAUGGCUAACUGAACUCAUCGCAACGUGAUUUGAGUGACGGUGGCUCAAAGAGAAGGAAAAACAAACGCACACUCUUUAAAAAAAAACAAACAAAAAAAAAAACAAAAAAAAAACUGGACUACAAAGAAACAUGGUGUUCAGUCAGUCAAGCGCAUGUGCCCAAGGGUGUUUUGUUUUGUUUUUUUAAACUGUGCCCCCUUGAGUUUGUUUCUACUAAAACUAAAAGCUUGUAUAAACACAUCCAGGCUUGGUUACUUUGACAUGCAUCAUUGUUUUUCUUUUCCUUUUUGCCAACCAAGCACAACAAUUUUCUUACUGUGUUGAAGACCCACCCCUACCCCCAAGUAAUAGUAGUAGUAGUAGUGAUAAUAAAGCUGAGGGUUUUUUUGUUUGUUUUUGGGCCUCUGACAGUAUUUCACAGUUGGUGAGAUGAGGCUGAUUUUUAUGAAUUGGCACUACUGUGUGGGUUACUUAGUCUUUUUCUAACUGUAUAAUUUAAUUUAGUACAGAGUUUGUAAGAUAUCAGAGUAUAUAUUGUUCUAUGACAUGGUGUUGCAUUUAUAUCUUUUUACUACUCCAGUGAUCUGUGAUGGCUGCAGCAGCUUUUCUUUAUUUUCUCUUUUUUUAAAGAUAAUUGUUAAAGAAACCCAUCUUUAAAAAAGUACAUUGAUUAUUCUAAAGAUUGUGUACAGAGUAUUCCUUAGUGGUGGGAUUCAAGUGUAGGAAUAUUUGCUUUUUUCCUGAAAGAUGAAUUGUAUUUUCUGUUAAGAAGUUAAGAUUUUGCUAUACUAUGGACAAAUGUAAUCGUAUGAAUAUUAAUUUUGUACCUACAUUGUGCAAUACUUGAUAAAAAAAUACAGUAUAACAAAGUAUUUUGAGUCAGUGUCUUACAUGUCAAGAGGGACUGAAAUAGUUUAUAUUGAGUUUGUAUUAAAUGCUUAAGAUGAUAUGCUUGUCUUUAUUUUUUUUAAUUUCAUAUUUGCACCCUGGUCUUUUUAAUAAAAUAAAAUGACAGUUGAACAUGA